AUGAGGACCCCUGGGCCGGGGGCCCCGUCGGUAGGGUGGACCCCUGGGCCGGGGGCCCCGUCGGUAGGGUGGACCCCUGGGCCGGGGGCCCCGUCGGUAGGGUGGACCCCUGGGCCGGGGGCCCCGUCGGUAGGUGUGGCGGGCUGUAGUGUGGCGGGCUGUGGUGUGGCGGGCUGUGGUGUGACGGACUGUGGUGUGGCGGGCUGUGGUGUGGCGGGCUGUGGUGUGACGGACUGUGGUGUGGCGGGCUGUGGUGUGGCGGACUGUGGUGUGACGGGCUGUGGUGUGGCGGGCUGUGGUGUGGCGGGCUGUGGUGUGGCUGUGGUUGUGACGGACUGUGGUGCGGGAGCGUCGGGGUCGACGUGUGGGAGGCGUCGGGGUCGGCGUGUGGGAGGCGUCGGGGUCGGCGUGUGGGAGGCGUCGGGGUCGGCGUGUGGGAGGCGUCGGGGUCGACGUGGGAGGCGCCGGGGUCGACGUGUGGGAGCGUCGGGGUCGACGUGGGGGGCGUGGGGGUCGGCGUGUGGAGGCGUGGGGGUCGACGUGUGGAGCGUGGGGGUCGACGUGGGGGUCGACGUGUGGGAGGCGUGGGGGUCGACGUGUGGGGGACGUGGGGGUGACGUGUCGACGUGUGGGGGUCGACGUGUGGAGGCGGGGUCGACGUGUGGGAGGGUCGGGGUCGACGUGUGGGUCGGGGUCGACGUGUGGGGGCGUCGGGGAGGCGUGGGGACGUGGGGGCGUCGGGGGGAGGCGUGUGGGGUCGACGUGUGUGGGGGCGUCGGGGCCGACGUGGGGGCGUCGGGGGUCGACGUGUGGGAGGGACGUGUGGGAGGCGUCGGGGUCGUGUGGGAGGCGUCGGGGUCGACGUGUGGGAGGCGUCGGGGGUCGAGCGUGGGGAGCGUCGGGGUCGACGUGUGGGGGGUCGACGUGGGGGUCGAGCGUGUGGGGCGUCGGGGUCGACGUGUGGGGGGGUCGCGUGUGGGAGCGUGGGGGUCGGCGCGUGGGGGUCGACGUGUGGGAGGCGUGGGGGUCGACGUGUGGGAGGCGUUGGGGGUCGACGUGUGGGAGCGCGUGGGGGUCGACGUGUGGGAGGCGUGGGGUCGACGUGUGGGGGCGUGGGGGUCGACGUGUGGGAGGCGUUGGGGGUCGACGGUGGAGGCGUUGGGGGUCGACGUGUGGGAGGCGUUGGGGGUCCACGUGUGGGAGGCGUUGGGGGUCGCGGGGAGGCGUUGGGGGGUCGACGUGUGGGAGGCGUUGGGGUCGACGUGGGGAGGCGUUGGGGGUCGACGUGUGGGGGCGUUGGGGGGUCCGCGUGUGGGGGCGUUGGGGGUCGACGGUGGGGGGGCGCGUGGGGGCGUUGGGAUCGACGUGUGGGGGCGUUGGGGGUCGACGUGUGGGGGCGUUGGGGGGUCGACGUGUGGGGGCGUGGGGGUCGACGUGUGGGGGGGCGUGGGGGUCGACGUGUGGGAGGCGUGGGGGUCGACGUGUGGGAGGCGUUGGGGGUCGACGUGUGGGAGGCGUUGGGGGUCGACGUGUGGGAGCGUUGGGGUCGACACCUUGUAG